AUGAACAGAAAGAAAUUAGGCACUGUAGUUAAAGGGAUAUCAAAAGACCUCACCCCUCUACCAUCAGGGAAACAACGCCAGAAGAAGUCAGGUCGAGGGCGACCAACAGCAUCUUUGAUUGCAUCAGUAAGAACAGCAGUUAUAAGUACAGAAAAGAGCAGGCCUGCCGAAUACCGGAACAGCCCAAAUGGGAAUGGUGUUAUCUUUCAAAGGGUACUUCAGGUCAGUCAUCAUGUCUUCACCAACAAACCGAUGAAAUGGCUCUAUGACAUUCAGAACGGCCACUAUCACCACAAGAAGGAGAAGAAUAAGCCAAUCGUGCAUAUGAAACCUGGCUACUUGAGCACCAUGGGAUCUUAUUGUGUGCGCGCCUAA